GGUUAUUUUCUAGUCGGUACGUAAAUACACAAGUACAUAGAAAGUGUUUGGGUUUUUUUCACCCCCUUAGUAAAAACUAUCGCAUACAUGAAUCCCCAGAAGUUAGAUUGAACUGUAUUUUUGUUGUGAUGAGACUGUACCAGGCCCUCAGGAAUGUCGACAAGUUUAGGACUGUGUUCGACUUUGGAGGUCGAGAUGUGGCUCACUGGUUCCCAGGACACAUGGCAAAAGGGCUGAAGCAGAUGAAAGCCAACCUCAAGAAUGUGGACUGCAUCAUAGAAAUCCAUGAUGCCAGAAUCCCUUUGUCUGGAAGAAACCCCAUAUUUCAGGACACAUUAAAUGUCAGACCUCAUCUUCUUGUUCUAAACAAGAUGGAUCUUGCUGAUCUAUCCUACAAGCAGAAAGUCCUGAAGAAACUAGAAAAAGAUGGAGUGAGUAAUGUUAUUUUCACAGACUGCUUGAAGCAACGAGACGACAACAUCAAAAAGCUGGUGCCAAUGGUGUUGGAAAUAAUGGAGACCAGUCCCCGUUUUAACAGAGAAGAGAAUAGAGAUUAUUGCCUGAUGGUGAUUGGAGUCCCCAAUGUAGGGAAGUCAUCACUUAUUAACUCGCUGAGAAGAACAAAUUUGAAAAAAGGCCGUGCUUCCCGAGUCGGUGGGGAGCCAGGGAUAACUAGAGCUGUCUUGACUAAAAUCCAGGUGUCAGAGAGACCAUUGAUGUACCUGCUGGACACCCCCGGUGUAUUACCUCCUAAGAUCGAGAACGUGGAAACUGGCAUGAAGUUGGCUCUCUGUGGAACUAUUCUGGACCAUUUAGUGGGUGAAGAUAUUAUCGCAGACUACCUGCUCUUUUCUUUGAAUAGGCUUCGAAAGUUUGGGUACGUGGAAAAAUAUGACCUCUCAGAGCCAAGUGAUGACAUCCAGCAUGUCCUUAAACGCAUCGCUGUGAAACUCGGAAAGACUCAGCGAGUCAAAGCCAUCACUGGAGUUGGAAACAUCACUGUCACCAUUCCAAACUACACAGCAGCAGCAUACAAUUUCAUCAGAGCUUUUAGGAAAGGAGAAUUGGGACAAGUAAUGCUGGACUAGUCUUAAAUUUUUUGAUUUUUUUCACUACUUAAAUGUCAACAAAAGAGAAUAGUUUAUGUCUCAUCUGAUACAAGGCAGAUGUCUGCUUCCCCAUAUUGUGUAUAAAUAAAACUAUUUA